AUGGCAUCCUACGGCGACAAUAAGCCCGUUUUCAGGAGUAGAGCUGCAGCGGCUGGCCUUAGCGAUGACUUUGUCCAGCUUCUUGUUGAUUCCCACCUGGACAGUUUGUCAAAGUACGCCUUUUGCAGUUCAUACGUCCCGGGGUCAGGUGAUGAUGCGAGUUUCAUCAGGGCCAUUCGCAAUGCAAUAGGUCGGGACCCUUUGAUUGGCGAGCAAGCAUCUUGUCGAAAACUACUGCAUGAAGCCUAUGCCUUAGUCACUGCUGAAAUCAAGCAACAGCUCGAACGCAGUGAGGAGGUUCAGACUCGUAAGCUCACGCAGCCUGAGCGCAGUGACCUGUACCAGAAACAGGUCAAGAAGCUCGUCGGCUUGAGCCUCAAGGGACCUAUGGAACCUAGUGAUGCACUCGUUGAUGUGUUUUGUGGCAUGUAUGAUGCAAACCGCCUUCGCUUCGUGCCAUGGGAGAAGUACACUUCAAAGGAGUGCGAGUUGGAAAAGUCUGCGCGUGUUGAGCAUCAGUUUGCAGUGGAAGGUUCAGGGAAACUCCGUGUUGAGUCAAAAGUCCCAGAGUCCGCGGCCGAUACUUCGUCAGAGAUCUUACUGCAAUAUGCCUUGCAGCGUCGUGGCCUCAGAAUGGAACAAGCAAACUUGCUUGACUAUGUCAUUCACCAAACGUGGGUUGACAAACUCAUUCGAACCCGGCUGCAGACGCCGCCCGACGGUUACGCUCGAGUGUCCUUUAAACAACUGCUUGAAGCCGACAAGAAGUUGUUCGAGGAGCUUUGUGAUGAGACACGAGCAGGGGUUCAGGAGCAUACCAUCAAUGAUGGCAAUGCAGGGCUUGAAGAAGCCCAGCAAGGAGUGCUUCCAGCAGAUAUCGCCAAAGGUGACAAAUCUGCAGACCAUUUUUCUCGUCCCAUCUCGGGAACUUUGAAAGAAUCGUCUGCCGAAUUUCCGCUCGGCUUUCCGUGGUUGAGCGGUGUGUGGAUGGACAAGGCGUUGCCAGACUCGAUGCUUCGAGUGGUCUUCAAUGUUUUGACAAACUCGCCCCUCGUCAUCAUGAAGAGGAGGCUCGAGACCCUGCAGCGCUGGAGGACUUGGGCGGGUGAGCUCGAAGAGGGCAAACACCUUGCGCUGUUGGAAAAGAUUGCCACGGAGCUUCAAUGGCCAGAUGUCUCGGUGCACAAGGAAAUUAGAGACGGUUUUCGACUUGUUGGGCUUCAGAAACCCUCGGGUGUUUUCAGCAAAGACGUCAAGCAUCGCACUCUGUCGGAAAGGGAAUUGCUUUCGCAGUCCAAGCACAUCAAGCCGGCCUUAUGGGGAAAGAUCAGUUCUGCGCCGGCCACCGAAUACCAACAAGACUUGUGGGACAUCACAAUGCAAGAAGUGAGAGAGAAACAUUGGCUCCAGGGCCCCUUUUCCUUCGAAGAACUUGAAGUGAUGUUUGAUGGUGUUUGGAUGCCGGUCCGCCGUUUCGCUGUCUGGCAAAGGUCCAAGUGGAGGCCCAUUGACGACUACACGGAAUGCGGUGUGAACGCAUCAUUUGGAUAUCUGGAAAAGAUAGAUCUUAGAGCCCUUGACCAGACUGUCUGGGUAGCUUCAUGUUUGAUCCGUCAUGCCAUUCAUUUGGAGUUCGCUGAGUUUCGCUUGAGCACUGGUGAAGUCUUGAGGGCCCCGGUUGACAAGCAUUGGAAACGGCGCCACUCAAAGGAAUUUGUUUUGACCAAGACGGUUGACCUGAAGUCUGCGUACAAGCAACUUCCGAUUUCUCCUAUUGACAGGAAAUUGUCGAUCUUGACUUUGAAGUCACCUCGGACUGGAGAAGUCCAAGGGUUCGUGUCGAGGACUCUACCUUUUGGGAGUGUGGCGUCGGUGCUACAUUUCAAUAGAGUGGCGAGGCUGCUACACCGGAUAGGCAUGGAGCUUGAUGUCAACUGGUCAAACUACUUCGAUGAUUUCCCUGUUGUCGAAUUUGAUGAGCUGUGCCAGAGCACGUCAGGUACCAUUCGCGCGCUAACCCACCUUUUAGGAUUUGAAUGCUCGCCUGACAAGGAAGAGCCCUUUUCGUCCAGCACUCACAUGCUAGGAAUGUGUCUUGACACCUCCAGUUCGCACGAAGGCUUUGUGAAGGUGAAGAAUCGUGAGGACAGGACACGAGAGCUCAAGGACGUCGUGCAGGACAUCAUUCGUUUGAAGUGUGUACAACCUAAGCUGCUCCCUUCCCUUUUUGGACGAGCUCUUUUCGCUGAGAGCUUCUUCAUGGGUCGAGCAGGGAGGCUGGCCUUGUCAGAACUGAGGCAUCUUGAAUACAGCAGAAAACCCCGCGUCGAGCUUAGCAAGUCGCAGUUGGAUGCUUUUCAA